AUGUCAUCUAACAGAGGUACAAAUAAAACAGUUCACGUAUUUAGUUUACGUUUCAAUCAAGAUUCAAGUUGUUUUAUUUGUACAACAUAUAAUGGUAUUCAUAUUUUUAAUGUUGAACCACUUACUCAAAAAUGUUAUCUAGAUGUUGGUCCUACUACUUAUGCUGAAAUGCUUUAUCGUACGAAUUUAAUUGCUUAUGUACCAGCAGAACAUGCCACUGGAUUACCAUCACAUGUUGUUAAUAUCUAUGAUAAUCAACGUAAAGCACAUGUACUUGAACUUAGCUUUAAUUCAUCGGUUAUUUCUAUACGAAUGUCACGAACAAGACUUUUAGUAAUACUUGUGGACAAAAUACAUAUUUUUUCUUUCCCUUCUAAAUGUCGACUUUUACAUACAAUUCAUACAAGAGCAAAUCCGAGAGGUCUUUGUGAAUUAUCGAAUAAUAAUGGAUCAUUGAUUGUUUUUCCUUCGAAUGCAAGACCUACAGGCGGUCUUAUUCAAAUAUUAGUAAGCAUAGCAAAAAAUGUAUUAUAA